AUUCGCUGUCCAAGGUUCUGAAAUGUGGUUUCCCAAGGAUACUUCACGUGACUUCGCUUUCUAGCUCAGCUCACUGGUUUCGGGAGAUUUCACGUGAGAAUACGACAAACCACCUCGCGCACACUAUAAUUAUCUUCCUUUGCCAGUCUCGGUUUAAUGUCAGUCUCGGUUUAAACUCAUAGUCGGUCUGUUUUUUCUUUAUUUUUAUGUAGGAAUGUGGGAGUUGAAGCCCUAACAUCUCUUCAACGAAUUUAGGAUGAUACAUCUGUGUUCUUUGUUUAGUUUCUCUCUUUUUUUACUUCAUGCCAACAUGGUAAAUAUAGGGGCAGAGCUGGCUACUGCUUGUCCGCAAUCAGAAAGUCCACGUAUGUCUGGGUACCGGCUUUAAGAGGAUGUAAGGAUCAAGUAGCUUUUUUCAACCAAAGUCUCCUUAUAAAAAUGCAGAAGGGAAUACGACUUAAUGAUGGUCAUGUCACCUACCUGGGUCUUUUGGCAAAGAAGGAUGGUACGAGGCGAGGUUGCUUGAGCAAAAGGAGCUCAGACAACACAAAAUGGCACACAAAGUGGUUUGCUUUAUUACAAAAUAUGCUGUUUUAUUUUGAGAGCGAGUCCAGCUCUCGUCCUGCGGGAUUAUACCUGUUGGAGGGAUGUGUGUGUGACAGAGCGCCGUCACCUAAACCCUCACAAUCAUCCAAGGAGUGUUUAGAAAAGCAGUACUACUUCACUGUAAAUUUCACCCAUGAAAACCAGAAAGCCCUGGAGUUGCGUACAGAGGAUGUAAAGGACGGUGAUGAAUGGGUGGCUGCAAUAACACAUGCCAGUUACAGGAACCUGGCCACGGAGCACGAGACGCUCAUGCAGAAGUAUCUCCAUCUAAUUCAGAUCGUGGAGACAGAGAAAACGGUUGCUAAGCAACUUCGACAACAGAUAGAGGAUGGGGAAAUAGAGAUUGAACGGCUAAAAUCAGAGAUUUCCGGGCUGCACAAAGACAACGGGAAGAUCCAGUCGAGUCCAACAGCCGAACCCAGUGAAGAUGAUGACUCUGAACUCAAGAAAAUAAAAAAAGUGCAGAGUUUCCUACGAGGCUGGAUGUGCAGGAGGAAGUGGAAGACCAUCAUCCAGGACUACAUCCGGUCUCCCCACGCAGAGAGCAUGAGGAAGAGGAACCAGGUGGUGUUCAGCAUGCUGGACUCUGAGGCUGAGUAUGUCCAGCAGCUCCACAUACUGGUCAACAACUUCCUCCGACCGCUCCGUAUGGCCGCCAGCUCCAAGAAACCACCCAUCACCCACGACGACGUCAGCAGCAUCUUCCUCAACAGUGAGACCAUCAUGUUUCUGCAUCAAAUAUUCUACCAAGGGUUGAAAGCAAGAAUAGCAAGCUGGCCAACAUUAGUUUUGGCGGACCUGUUUGACAUCCUGCUGCCCAUGCUAAACAUCUACCAGGAGUUUGUGAGGAACCACCAGUACAGUCUGCAGAUCCUGGCACACUGUAAACAGAACCGAGACUUUGACAAGCUGCUGAAGCAGUAUGAGGCCAAGCCAGACUGUGAGGAGAGGACUCUGGAGACCUUCCUCACCUACCCCAUGUUCCAGAUUCCCCGCUACAUUCUUACUCUCCAUGAGCUCCUGGCCCACACACCACAUGAGCAUGUGGAGAGGACGAGUCUGGACUACGCCAAGUCAAAGCUGGAGGAGCUGUCCAGAAUCAUGCAUGAUGAGGUGAGCGAGACAGAGAACAUCAGGAAGAACCUGGCCAUUGAGCGCAUGAUCGUAGAGGGCUGCGAGAUCCUCCUUGACACCAGCCAGACGUUCGUCAGACAAGGCUCUCUCAUCCAGGUGCCAAUGAGUGAGAAGGGCAAGAUCACCCGUGGGCGACUGGGCUCUCUGUCUCUGAAGAAGGAGGGGGAGAGGCAGUGCUUCCUCUUCUCCAAGCAUGUCAUCAUCUGCACCAGGGGCUCUGGAGGGAAACUGCACCUCACCAAGAAUGGCGUGGUCUCUCUUAUUGACUGCACUCUUCUGGAAGACCCCGAGGGGACAGAUGAUGAGGCCAAACCAGACAAGGGUGUACAGGACAUGGAGCACCUGGACUUUAAGAUUGUGGUGGAGCCUAAAGAAGGCCAGUCGUUCACAGUGAUCCUGGUGGCCUCCUCGCGGCAGGAGAAAUCUGCCUGGACCAGUGACAUCAGCCAGUGCAUAGACAACAUCCGCUGCAAUGGGCUUAUGAUGAACGCAUUUGAGGAGAACUCUAAAGUCACCGUGCCACAGAUGAUCAAGUCGGACGCCAGCCUCUACUGUGACGACGUGGACAUCCGUUUCAGUAAGAUGAUGAACUCGUGUAAGGUGCUGCAGAUCCGCUAUGCCAGCGUGGAAAGACUUCUGGAGAGGCUGACCGACCUGCGCUUCCUCUCGAUCGACUUCCUCAACACCUUUCUGCACUCCUACCGCGUCUUCACCAGCGCCGAUGUGGUGCUGGACAAACUCAUCACUAUCUACAAGAAGCCCAUCAGUGCCAUCCCAGCCCGAUCCCUGGAGUUGUUCUUCGCCAGCAGUCAGAACAAUAAACUCCUAUACGGGGAGCCUCCCAAAUCCCCCAGGGCCAGCCGUAAGUUCUCCUCACCCCCUCCCCUGGCUAUCACCAAGACAUCGUCCCCCAACCGCCGACGUAAACUCUCCCUCAACAUCCCCAUCAUCACUGGGGGCAAGGCUCUGGACCUGGCCGCCCUCAGCUGCUCCUCCAACGGCUAUGCAAGCAUGUACUCCUCAAUGUCCCCCUUCAGCAAGACCACCCUGGACAUCAACAAGCUCUAUGUCACCAGCCCCAUCACCAGCAAGAUCCCUGAUGAGGGAGAGGGCAAGACAGACAAGGCAGAGGAGACCAUUUUGUCUAAACAAGAUAUUUCAGUUCCGGAGGAAAGUGACAUUGACCAAAACCAGUGCGAUGACGCAGACCCAGAAACGUCUCCUACCAAGUCGCCAACCACCCCCAAAAACAUGAAGUGCAAAAACUCUUCAGAAUUCUCCCUGUUUUCCUACAAUAAUGGCACGGUGAUGUCAUCGUGCCGCCCUGAGAUGGACAACAACAACCGCAGUGCCCUCUCUGCAGCCUCUGCCUUCGCCAUCGCCACGGCAGGAGCCAAUGAGGGCACGCCCACCAAGGAGAAGUAUCGCCGCAUGUCCCUGGCUAGCACAGGGUUCCCAACAGACCAGAGGAAUGGGGACAAAGAGUUUGUAAUCCGAAGGGCUGCAACCAACAGAGUCCUGAAUGUUCUGAGACACUGGGUGUCAAAACACUCUCAGGACUUUGAGAGUAACACUGAGCUGAAGCUGAAGGUGAUAGCCUUCCUGGAGGAGGUGAUGCAUGACCCGGAGCUGCUGACCCAGGAGAGGAAAGCAGCCGCCAACAUCAUCAGGACCCUGACACAGGAGGACCCUGGUGACAAUCAGAUCAGCCUGGAGGAGGUGACACAGCUGGCGUCAGUAGGGAAGGCGGAGGCGUUUGAGAGCCAUUCUGCCCUGGAGAUAGCAGAGCAGCUCACCCUACUGGACCACCUGGUCUUUAAGGUCAUCCCAUACGAAGAGUUCUUUGGUCAAGGGUGGAUGAAGAAUGACAAGAAUGAAAGGACACCAUAUAUCAUGAAAACAACAAAACAUUUCAAUGAUAUCAGUAACCUGAUUGCCACGGAGAUCCUGCGUUGUGACGACGUGACCACGCGGGUGGCAGUGAUGGAGAAGUGGGUGGCGGUGGCGGACAUCUGCCGCUGUCUCCAUAACUACAACGCUGUGCUGGAGAUCACCUCCUCCCUCAACCGCAGCUCUGUGUUCCGCCUCAAGAAGACCUGGCUCAAAGUGUCCAAGCAGACUAAAACAGUAAUUGACAAGCUGCAGAAGUUGGUUUCAUCAGAGGGGAGGUUCAAAAACCUGAGAGAAGCUUUAAAGAACUGUGACCCUCCCUGUGUACCAUAUCUGGGGAUGUACCUCACUGAUCUGGCUUUCAUUGAGGAGGGGACGCCCAAUUACACUGAGGACAAAUUAGUCAACUUCUCAAAGAUGAGGAUGAUUUCCCAUAUCAUCAGAGAAAUUAGACAAUUCCAGCAAACAGCAUACAAGAUUGAUCAUCAGCCAAAGGCAGCACAGUAUUUGCUGGACAACAGCUCUGUUCUGGAUGAAGAAAGCCUGUAUGAAGCCUCUCUCAGAAUUGAGCCUAAAGUCAACAACUGAAGAGGAUGACAGUUUCCCAAAGUGUACUCUCUGUUAAAGAACUAUGUCAUAUACAGUAGACAUAAACAAUAACUGGUGUUAAGUCAUGUUUGACAUGUUUGCUCUUAUACGUGUAUUGUUUUUAGAAGUCUUAUGUACACAUGUUAAUUUAAUCGUCACAUUGUUGUUGAAAUAUUUCAUGUUCCUCUGCAACAAGGACCAUUUCACUGGGCUUAUUAGAGUGAUAACUAAAGUCACAAUGAUCUUGUAUAAUGGUAUGUCCUUUGUAACCAAUGAAAUUGAUUGACAUCUUUUCAUACUGUGGGCUUCCUGUAAGCACACAUGCUGCCAGGAUCAUAUUGUACAUAGGAAAGAUUGUUCUCUUUACUCAAAUAGAUAUGUGUUUAUCUGCAACUGAUGUAGCAUUGUAAAAAUCAAACCAGGUAAAACAACAUUGACAUUUUUUACCCCCAAAUUGAUGCGGCUAAACCAAUGAGUGUUCCUUGAUUUGUUCUAUAUCAAUUCCGCCUCAGCCCUGCUUUGUUUAUUUACUUUUUGUAUCUAUCAACAUUUGAGUCAUCUUGUCACAGUUGUGACAGAGAUGUGAAAGCUACUAGCACCACAGAGCUUUGUCUUGUCAUCAUGAGGAGUGAUUCUUACAUAACAAGAUAAUACCCUUGCCUGAUACAGGAAACACCUGCUCUUAGUAGAAGCUACUGAUUUGCAGCACAGUACUGAAUCUGCUCUGAAAAUAAUAACUCAUAUAUAAGGGCAUGUUCACACCACAAGCUUUUAUACAUUUACAUUUUAGUCAUUUAGCAGACACUCUUAUCCAGAGCGACUUACAGUUAGUGA